GAGAGAGGGCCUGGUUUAGCCAGUCUCGAGCUGCUGCCUUCGCCACUCCGAGGGCGCGCGGACGAGUUCUUGCGGUUCGCGCCGAAGCCCUCCCAAGCGCCGCGGCCGCUCGGUUUCCUUCGCAGGUUUCUGCACUAUAAGUGCCUUAUGUAGUCAUUGUACAGUGACAACCUCAUUCUUAUGAUCAUCUCUCACAGCUAGAUAUUGGCUUUAACCUUACAAAUCAACUAUAGCAGCUGCUUCCUGUGAAUCUGAUUCCAGAAUUUACAAAACGUGUGAAAAAAUAUUGAACUAAACAAGAACUGCUGAAUCUGUAGCCAUUCCUACCUAAUCAACACCAACGAAGAGGAUACUACAGCCUAAAAUGUAUAAAAGAAUGCCAUUGUAUGAAAACAAAGUUUUUUUCCCCCAGUAGCAUGAACGUUGGCCAGAAAUGCUACUGAGCAUGAAUAUAUUGCAGACAAAAGUGUACAAGUGGCAUAUAUUGGUUGAUAACUACAAUGUUCACUGAUAAUAGCCGCUUUGUACAUUAUCUUCGUAGGCAUUGGAUUUUCUUAAGCUAUGCCUUGUUUUAUUGAAAGGAACAUCUUGGCUUUUUAGAGUUUUUAAACAGAGACUAUUUCAUUAACGACUCACAAAAUCAAAAGCUGUUUUACAUCAUGGCUUCAAUUGUUGCUCCAGUGAGAGACACAAAAUGGCUGACGCUAGAAGUGUGCAGGCAGUUUCAGAGAGGGACUUGUUCACGUUCUGAUGAGGAAUGUAAAUUUGCACAUCCGUCCAAAAGCUGCCAGGUUGAAAGUGGAAGAGUGAUUGCCUGCUUUGAUUCACUAAAGGGCCGUUGCACGAGGGAGAACUGCAAAUAUCUUCAUCCACCAACACAUUUGAAAACUCAGCUAGAAAUUAAUGGCAGGAACAACCUGAUCCAACAGAAAACUGCAGCAGCAGUGCUGGCUCAGCAGAUGCAAUUUAUAUUCCCAGGAGCACCUCUUCAGCCAAUGCCAUCAUUUCCAGUAGGACCAACAAUAGGAUCUAAUCCAGCACUAAACUUUGCACCAUAUUUAGCUCCAGUUACUUCUGGGGUUGGAUUGGUUCCUACAGAAAUUGUUCCCACACAAUCUGUAAUUGUUCCUGGAAAUCCUGUCUCUGUCUCUGGAUCAACUACAUCACAGAAACUCCUCAGGACAGAUAAACUGGAGGUUUGCCGGGAAUUCCAGAGAGGAAAUUGUGCACGGGGUGAAACCGAUUGUCGCUUUGCACAUCCUGCUGACAGCACAAUGAUUGAUACAAAUGACAACACUGUAACUGUUUGUAUGGAUUACAUAAAAGGGCGUUGCCUGAGGGAAAAAUGCAAAUAUUUUCACCCUCCUGCUCACUUACAGGCCAAAAUCAAAGCAGCUCAGCACCAGACAAACCAAGCGGCAGUAGUGGCCCAGGCAGCUGCUACAGCUGCUACAGUCAUGACUCAAUCGACUGCCAAAGCAAUGAAGCGACCUCUUGAAGCAACUGUAGACCUGGCCUUUCCAUCUGCUGUCCUUCAUCCUUUACCAAAGAGACAAGCACUUGAGAAAAACAAUGGUGCCAGUGCUAUUUUUAAUCCCAGUUUCUUGCACUACCAACAGGCUCUUGCUAGUGCACAGUUGCAGCAACAUGCAUCGUUUAUUCCCACAGAUAAUCCUGAAAUAAUGAACAGGAAUGGAAUGGAAUGUCAAGAGGCCUUGUUGAGAACAGCAAAGCAUUGUUACUGUACAUACAACCCUGUCUCUUCCUUAACAGAAUUGCCACAAACUGCAUGCUGAGUAAAGAGUUUAUUCAUCUGGAGAAAACACACUUAAGAGCUAGUGCUGCUAUAUCAUAUAUGAAUAUUAAGAUGGUAUGCUUAGUAUAUUCAAAACUAAUCUAGUUAACUACCUGAUGCCAGCUGUGAUGGUUCAAGACAUAAAAGGGUAAUAUUUUACUUUUAAAAGUUUUAUAUAACACUGUUUACUUAGGAAUAUUGUCUUACCACCAUAAAUAGUGAAUGUAAGUAGUCCCAUUCAUGUAUCGCAGGGUUCACAGUUUUAUGACUCUUUCAAUGUUAGCAAUAACUGAUUUACAUUGGCCACCAAAUCCAGGAUCUAACUACAUAAAUAGUUUCCCAUGAGAGCUGUUGCUUUGGUUGCAUGUUUCUUCAGCUGACUUCCCUGCACCCCAGUUUGCACAGAGAAAUGCUUUUGAAACUGGACUUUCAAAAGUACUUUAUAAUGCUAAAAAGGAGAAUCUGGUUCCAGGGAUGUAGGUCAAGGGAAUUCUUUAAAAAAUUACUUUGGGUAUAUCAGUGCCACUAUUUGCACUGUGAUGAUUGUUUGGUGACAAAGUAAGUGAUGCCGUAGUGCACGGGUGUCAAACUCGCCACAUCACAUUGAUGUCACGUGAUGUAUCGCAAUCUGGGGUAUGUGUGACCUGUGUGAUACAUCCAGCCCAAGGGCCGCCAGCUUGACACUCCCGUUGUGGAAUCACCACUAGAAGUGGAAUCACCCUGCUGUCCUUCGAAUAAAUAGCAUUUUUUCUUCCAGCAUAGGCAACCACCAUAGCCAAUAGUCAUGCUGUGGGUAGGUGGGUGGUUAGGUAAUCCAGGGAGUCAUAAGAAACCUAGGUUGAGGCACAGUCAUUUGGAUGAAGCUGAAACAGAAGAUCUAAGGAACAGGUGUUAAACUCAAUCAUGUCACGUUGCGUAUCAUGAUGCUUCGUAGCGUUUUUUGCCUUUUCGGAGCCAGGGUGGGCGUGGCCUGUGUGUGACUCAUCUGGCCUGCGGGCUGCCAGUUUGACACCCUGACCUAAGGCAAAGGUGGUGAACUAUGGACCCUUUAUGACUUGCGGAUUUCAACUCCCAGAAUUCCUGAAUCAACAUGACUAGCUGAAUUCUGGAUGUUGAAGUCUACAAGUUAUAAAAAGGCCAUAGUUCUUCAUCCCGAUCUAAGGUAAAGCACAAAUUGCAGCAAUGCACAGAAGCUGCUUUGGGAUAUGUAUGGAGAAGUUAUAUGGAAUCACAACAUUCUAGAAGUAAAUCAAACCUUUGCACAGUAUGAUUUUCAUACCCCUAACAAAAAUCUUGACUAUGUUAUUUUACAAGGAGAGAAUAUUUUUUAAAGAAGUCUUUGCAGAAGUGCCUAAAUUUUGUCACAUAAAACUUGAAACUUAAGUGACACUGCAGUCUAUAAUUGAAUCUAUGCCAAGUGAUUCAGCUUUCAGAUUUGCAAUCAGGUUACCAAAAAUCAUUUAUUAUAAAAUAACUUCUUCCCAGUGAAAUAAAUGGGGCUACAGAUUAUAUAAGAUUAUAUGAAAUUCUAUUUCAACUCAAAACUCAGUGCAGUCACUGUAAAAGCUAAUAAGUGACUUUAAUAGAGACAAUUAGGAAAACAUAGAAAACUAUAUAAAAAGAGCUUCAUUUUAAUUCAUUGUUACUACUGCCAUAUUUUAAAAGUAAAAUUAAAAAAGAUUACAACAAACAAAAAAGAAACUGGUUCUUUUAAUUGUUUAUUUAAAAGCUUACUUUAUGUCACAGAAAUGCAAGAUUAUGUUUAAUACAGCUGUAUUAAAUA